CCCCCCACCCCACCCACCCCCCCCAUCCCUUCCCUUCUUCCUUCCUUCCAUCCAUCACCGCCCUCCGUCUCUCUUUGUCUCUGUCUCUCUCUUUUUCUUGGGUUUUCUGUUCGUCGAUUGUUUGGGGGGAGUUAUGUGAAGAGGGAUUGGGGAGAAAUGGCGUGUGCAGAUGUUCAUGGAAAUAAUGGGAUUGUGAAUCCGGAGGAGCCGAGUAUUGAUACGGACAAAUUGAGCUACGAGAUCUUCUCCAUUCUGGAGAGCAAGUUUUUGUUCGGAUAUGAUAAUCAGAAGGUUUGGGUUCCGAAGAAGAUUGAGGAGGAGGAAGACGACGGCGGUGGUCAGGCGAUCAAGUAUCAGCGGGGGAAAAUCUGCAUUCUCAGCAUCGACGGCGGCGGGAUGCGGAGCAUUUUGACAGGGAAGGCCUUGUCGUAUUUGGAAGCGGCGUUGAAGAAGAAGUCAGGGGAUCCCAACGCUACAAUCGCCGAUUAUUUCGACGUCGCCGCCGGAGUCGGCGUCGGCGGUGUGUUCGCGGCGAUGCUCUUCGCUGCCGACGAGAAUCGGCGCUCGAUUUUCAGCGCGGAUGAUACGUGGAAAUUCCUGAUUGAGGAGGGUGGGAAACUGUGCCCCUCCGGGAAGGGGCGGAGUUCGAAGGGAGGUUUCUUCCGGCGAGUUUUCAGGAAGAGCGGCAAAGCUUCGACGGCGGCGGCGUCGGCGCGGUUGGAGAAGGCGAUGAAGGAGGCGCUGAAGGAUUCCGAGACCGGCCGGAGCUUGACUCUGAAAGACACGGUGAAACCGGUAUUGAUCCCCUGCUACGACCUCUCCAGUUCGGCGCCGUUCCUCUUCUCCCGGGCGGACGCCGUCGAAUCGGACAGCUUCGAUUUCAAUCUGUGGGAGGUUUGCCUGGCGACGGCGUCGGAGCCGGGGGUCUUCGACCCGGUCUACAUGAGGUCCGUCGACGGUUCGACGCGGUGCGUCGGCGUCGCCGGCGGAUUGGCGAUGAACAACCCGACGGCGGCGGCGAUAACGCACGUGCUCCACAACAAGCAGGAGUUCCCAUUCGUGAGAGGGGUGGAGGACAUUUUGGUAAUUUCACUCGGGGCAGGCGGGCAGUUGCUAGAGAGCAGUUUCGACCUCGAGCAGGUGAAGAAAUGGAAGGCGCAGGAUUGGGUUCGCCCCUUGUCCCGGAUUUCGGCGGAGGGCUCGGCGGAGCUGGUUGACCACGCGGUGGCGAUGGCGUUCGGGCAGUGCCGGAGCACCAAUUACGUCCGCGUUCAGGCAUACGGGUCCAGCUUAAGCCGGUGUGGGGAAAAUGUCGACUCGGAUCCCAGUCCGGGCAACGUGAAAACACUGGUGGCGGUGGCAGAUGAAAUGCUGAAACAGAAGAAUGUGGACUCAGUCCUCUUUGGCGGCAAGAAGAUCGGAGAGCAGAGCAAUUUUCAAAAGCUCGACUGGUUUGCGGAGCAGCUUGUGCUAGAGCAUCAGAGGAGGAGUUGCAGGAUAGCUCCCACUGUUGCAUUCAAGCAGGCUUCGUCUAAACCAUCCUCAGUGUAAUGAAAAACAAUGUCCCUUCAAGUUUGAUGAAAAAAUUCGGAAAAAAAAGCAUAUACAUGGUA